AUGACCCCAACGACCAAACAGACGUCCACCGUCUCGCUUACGCCAAGCAACCUCAGCCACACAGAUGCCCUCAGCCGCUACCCUCUGCCAGCUCCCGCUGUAGACCCGGCCCCUGUCCAUGCCAUCUUCGAGGUCACCGAGCUUGACCUUCCAGUCACCACCCACGACAUCGCUACCAAAUCCAAGUUGGACAGAACAAUUGCCCAGAUCAGUCACGGUUUUGAUUCCCAGGUUGUGAGUGAUGAAAAUCCUUUCUUCUACUCAAUGCUCCCUGCUGAAGGAGGCCAGUACCCAGGGAUCGUGAAACUGGUCCUCCAUUUUAGGUGGAUCUUGGUGGGUCUCCUUGCUCCAGACACUGAGAAUGGACAAAGGUUCAUGAGGACGUUGACUUCCAUGCUGGUCAGGAAUGGCAUUUGCCCAGUUUUAUCACAAAUCUUUAUCCCAGCUUCUCGGAAAGCGAACAUAGACUGGCAUUUAUACCUCAGUUGGAGAAAUGUGAAUGUCUUUAUUUUUGGUGCAGAAUUCAGUUCAUUCAAUGUAGGGGUUUUACUUAUGGAUUUAGUAUUUAAACAAGUUGCUGAGCCUCCUAGAGGUAAAGUCCUGCUCACCACAAUCCGCUGGGACUUCACUAUUUAUAUGAAAAAACAAUCUUUUCCUGUUGAAUACAUCCAUAGCAUAUUUUCCUUUCCUAUGAAGAAAAAUCAAAUUGCAAAGGAUGUUAGUUAUUUGAACCUUUAUUCUUUUAUGAGGCACUAUGCAGAGAUCUCCUUCCUGUGUUCCUAUACCAACAAUGCUUUUGGGGUGAAAGUCUGGAGACGGUGCAAGCAGAGAGAAGAUCUGGAAGCUCUCAUGGAAGAGGAGAUGGAUCCAAUCCUGACUCGAGACAACUAUUUCAUUUACAACACAAUCUGGGUUUUAGCACGGGCCUUAAAUGCAGCUUAUUUAUCCAGAUCCAGGAGCAAAUUUAAAACUGAUGAAAAAGUGAAAACUCCAAAGGUGAAUGCAUGGCAGCUUCAUUCUUUCCUUCGAACCUCUCAAUUUUAUAAUAAUUCCAUCAAUGGGGUCUAUUUGGAUGAGAAUGGAGAGCUGGUAGCUGACCUGGACAUUGUGAACACGGUGGUUUUCUCCAAUAUGUCUUUUAUCAAAGGGCCCAUUGGGAGGCUAGAAAGAGUGGGAUCCCUGGAUUUCAAGUUGAUAAUGAACCUGAAUGCUAUUGCAAAGAUGGAGAUGCUGAACAAGCCCCAGCCUCCUUCCAGGUGUGUGGAAAGCUGUUCUCCUGGAUUCAUGAAGGUGGCUCAGGAAGGGAAGUCCAUCUGCUGCUACAAAUGUCGUCCUUGUGCAGAAAGAACCUUCUCCAGCCAGGAAGAUGCAGACAAAUGUACCAAAUGUCCAGAUGAUCAACAUCCAAACAUCAAUCAAGUUUACUGUAUCCCCAAGAUUAAAAGUUAUCUUUCUUAUAAGGAAAAUCUGGGGAUCAUCCUGACUUCUAUUGCCUUGUUCCUCUCUUUAACCACAAACUUUGGCUUGGGGAUCUUCAUCAAAUUCAUGGAAACACCAAUUGUAAAAGCCAACAACCGGGACCUCUCCUAUAUCCUCCUGGUCUCCCUCCUGCUUUCCAUCUUGACCUCCUUCUUGUUCAUUGGCCAGCCAAGGAGAGUGACUUGCCUCCUCCGACAAACAGCCUUCAGCAUUGUCUACUCAAUUGCCAUUUCUUCAAUCUUGGCCAAAACGAUCACAGUGGUGUUAGCCUUCUUGGCCACAAAACCAGGGAAUAAAGUACAGAGAUGGUUGGGGAAGAGCUUGGCCAACUCUAUCAUCUUUUGUUGCUCUGGUGUCCAAACUGUCAUCUGCAGCAUCUGGUUGGGAAUUUCCCCCCCAUUCCCUGAUUCUGAUAUGCACUCCCAACUUAGAGAGAUCAUCCUACAAUGCAAUGAAGGUUCUGUCACCAUGUUUUAUGUAGCCCUUGGGUACAUGGGCUUCCUGUCUGCUGUUUGCUUCACAGUGGCUUUCCUGGCUAGGAAUCUUCCUGGGGCCUUCAAUGAAGCCAAACUGAUCUCCUUCAGCAUGCUGGUCUUCUGCAGUGUCUGGGUGUCCUUUGUGCCCGCCUAUCUGAGCACCAAAGGAAAGUACAUGGUGGCAGUUCAGAUCUUCUCCAUCUUGGCCUCUAGUGCUGGAUUGCUGAGCUGUAUCUUCAUCCCCAAGUGUUAUAUUAUUAUUUUUAGGCCUGAUCUGAAUACCAAAGAACAUUUGAUGUCAAAAUAA